UUUCUUACUGACAUUCAUAUCUCUAUUUCAAUCACCCUCCACGCUUAAUUAGUUGUUAUUGUUACCUGGAAUAACCUCUCCUCUCCUCUUCUCCCCUUCUCUCUUUUCCUCUCAGCCAAUCUUCCAAACUUGGUCAUGUUAUUCGUUCUGCCGCCAAACACGGAGCUUUAAACAACAUCCAUCACACAGGAGUGGGCUCUGGACUUUACUCUGUUUCUAUUUUAACUGGACUCGCUCAGACAGCAGCCAUGGCUCGCUGCAGGAGCUACUUGCGAGGACUUGCUAUCUGUGUUACUGUGUUGCUACUGGUGUCUGGGUUUGUGAUGAUUGGUGCUGCUUUUUCCCCCAUUGAUGAUAUACCUGUUGCAGAGUUGUUUGACCAGCUGUCCAUUAGUAAUGGCUUACUGGUCCUGCAGGUGUUUGGUCCACUCACAAUGGUUUUGUCUGUUCUGGGCAUAUCUGCUGCCUCUUUGGACUACAAAUCUUUGCUGUUGGUGUUUUCUGCUCUGACAUUUGUGGAGUUUGUGGCACUAAUGAUCGUUGCCUCACCCCUGGUUCAGGUUCAAGCUCAGAUGGACUUUGCCGUGGAUGAAUUGUUUCUCAAUGUGACACCCCUACACAAAGCAGCAGCUGACAUCCAGAAAGAAUUAAAUAAGCUUCAGACGUCGGACUCCUGUUGUGGUUUGAGGAAAUUUGAAGACUGGGAUAAUCAGCUUCCUUUUUCCUGUAUCUGUACACCUCCUACAACCACCUAUACCAGUGAGUCAAGAUCUCAGCCUGGUAAUUCCAGCUCAUAUGAGCCUUGUGUGAUGGUGGGAAGUAACCAGCAGUUUGUGCACUCCAAGCCCUGUGGUCCCAUCCUAAAGAGCUACCUGAGUUUCCCAGUCAAGCUCAGAAUAGGAAUCAUUUCAGCUUUCGCCACCAUUGCAAUAACAGCCAUUGCUCUGUGUCUUGCUUUGGGUCUGGAGAAAUACUGGAAGAAGCCUCCAGUUGAAACUACAGUCGACGACUACGACAGAGUGAAAUACCAACCUAAACCUUCCCUCACCUGACCUCUGACCCCCUUUCACCCAAAAUUAAGACAACGAUACUAAUGCGCUUCCACUCUCUGGGCUUCUGGUGCUGAUGAGAUGGUCCAGAAUGAACACAUGGUGCUUUAUGGAGCUGUUGCCUGAAAAUGCUAAUUUGGUGUAUAUGGUGUAAAACAUUUCCUUCUUGAAAUGUUCAUCUUGUGUUUAAUGGAAGGGGAUCAAAACAAUAGAUACUUAAACUUUUCAUUGUAGCAAAAUACCUUCAUGUAUUCAGUAGCAGAAGCAAAUUUCUAACAGCAGCAUCCUGAUGGCAUCAGCUUUAACCACUACAGCUGCUUCCCAUAUCAACAUGGAAAUUUCUGUUACUGUUUAAACAUGCUUCUGGUAUCUAGUUAGCACAAAGCAGGUGCCAUCAUUAAUCAUUAAUCUUUAGCAGCUAACUUGUGUUUUUGCAGAAUGACAGUCUUUUAUGGGCAUAAUCAUUGUUUUUUGGAGGAAAAUCUAAAGGAUGUUAGUCUGUUUUAGACAUUUUUUAAAAAUAAAUUGGCAAUCGCUCUAUUUGCAAAAACUAAAAUAGGAAGUCUGGGUUUUUGGGUCUAGAAUCAGUUAUAAAUAAUUAUUUUAGUCUUUUAACUCCAUUCAGAGGACUGCUUUAGGACUGUUUUGCAAAUGCCUCUGGACAAAUUGCCACCAUUUUCAGAACAAUCACAGUAACAGAGGGUGUAACGGCUCUCCUGGAUCUGCUCCAUAUUAAUUCUGAUUGGUUGUAAAACUACAUUUUUUGGGGUAGGCAAAUGUUAUUACAGGAGCAUAUUUAAACAGUGGCUUAUUUGUCUUGUCUCACAACUAUUUAACGGAACUUGUGACCAGUUGUGAUGGCAUGCCACACAUGGUAAGCUCCACACCUCAUCACCCGUUGAUUCAGUCACUACUUUAAAAUAUUCUAUUUAUUGUUCAAUAUCGUUUCUUUAUUAAAUAUAUUCAUUUUUCCAUCACAC